GAACAUGGAUUUUUCGAAGCAAUUUUUCCAAAACUUUCGUUAUAUUCUGAUAAGUUUGACAAUUAUUUUCGCAUGUCUGUAACUGAAUUUGACGAAUUAUUAUGCUUGGUUAGUCCAUUUAUAACCAAAGAGAAUGUUAUUAGAGACGCUAUUUCGGAAGCAGCACGGCUUGCAAUGGCUUUAAGAUAUUUAGCAACUGGCGAUUGUUUCACUUCAAUAUCAUACCAAUAUCUUGUUGGUUUCACAACAGCAUCCAAUAUAAUUAACGAGACAUGACAAGUUAUUUGGAAUUGUCUCCAUAAAAAAGUUUUACCGUAUUCUUUGUAAACGCCAGACUGGUUAGAAAUUUUUGAAGAGUUUGAUAGACAGUGGCAAUUUCUACAUUGUAUAAGAGCAGCCGAUGGAAAGCAUAUUUAAAUACAGUGCCCUGACAAUGCUGGCUCAUCAUUUUAUAAUUACAAAAAAUAUCACAGCAUUGUUUUAAUAGCCAUUUGUGAUGCUAACUAUUCCUUUACAUUUGUGGAUAUUGGUGCUUAUGGUCGGCGAAGUGACGGUGGUAUUUUUUGAGACUCUUAGAUGGGACAGAAAUUUCAACAAAUGCAAAUGAAUUUGCCAGAUCCUGUACAGUUGACCGUAGAUGGACUGCCUUUACCAUACGUACUGGUCGGUGACGAAGCUUUUCAAUUAACUAACUACUUGCUUCGACCGUAUCCUGGUAAGGGUGGCCUUAAUCAAGAGCGCAACAUUUUUAACUACCGUUAGAGUCGCGCACGGAGGACUAUUGAAAAUAGUUUUGGUAUAUUAGUAAACAGAUGGAGAAUUACAAAAAAAAAACCAAUUCAAGCAACUGUUAAAAAUACAAUCAGUACAGUCCAAGCUGUUAUAGUUCUGCAUAAUUGGCUUCGUAAAAAUGAUAAAAAUAAUACUUUUAUACCAUCUAAUAUCGAUAUGAAUUCGAAUCAAAUCAUUUAAUCGAAGAAAUAAAUAAUUCAGCUUUUAAAAAUGGAUCUAUUCCAGGAAACAAUUUUAGCAGUCGAUCCGCGGUGAUGAUUCGUGACGAGUUCUGUGAUUAUUUGAAUGCAGAAGGAGCUGUUUCCUGGCUAUAUAAUCGCGUUUAG